UCAAGUUCGGUUUCUUUCGCAACACAUUUUUGGACAAGUGCGAACCUUGCGCGCCGCGCAUUCUCAGAAACUUUAUUUAACUGCGUAAUAAAAACUUUCCUGCCGAAAUGGACGAGCCUUUCUAUCCAAUCAGCACUCAGUUGCUGAAGGACCCUUUGACUUUUUCCGAUCUCGUGAAGACGGGAUGCCAAUUCGAGGUGGAUUUGUCGGAUAGCCACCGGGCUACGGAUGACUUUCUGGGCCACAUAAGCGACGACAGCGAUUGUGAUGAUGCAACGGACGUGGACUGCGAGAAACUCUUCUCCCCAUGGACUCGGACCUUUGACGAGCUGCGCUCCUUGAUGCAUCGCGUAAAUGACUACAUAUACAAAAGAGUCAUACGCGAGGGGCACCCAGAACGUGAAGUUGUGCCGGAGAGGGCUCGAGUAGCUGUGCGCUAUAGUGGAUACUGGGAGGGAGAGGGCGCUCCGUUCGACUCUUCCAUGCUGCGAGGCACGCAGUUUGAGUUCGUGACGGGCCAGUGCAAGGUGAUUGAGGGGCUAGAGGCCGCCGUUCUUACCAUGCGGCCUUAUGAGCAGGCAGAGUUUAUUAUUUCGUACAAGUUGCUUUUCCGGGAGCUGGGCUGUCCGCCGCGCAUUAAGCCAAAGGCGGACGGACUCUUCAAGGUGGAGGUAAUCGACUUCUCGCUUGUUGGAGAUUCCGGAGCGUGUGAUGGUGUCGCCAAGGAGGAUCGGGACAAGUUUUUUGUCAUCUACCCCAAAGCCCAGGAAGUACAUUUGCACGGCAAGGAUUGCGUGAAGCGCGGGCGCUUCCGCAUUGCUGUGUCUUCGUUUGAAAAGGCAAUCAACUCCUUAAACUACUGUCGGUUGGCCAACGAGGAGGAGGAGGUCAAGCAAACCCAACUGCUGAUUACUCUAUACCAAAAUCUGAUGAUCUGCUACAACAAGGUCAACAAGCCGCAGCGCGUCUGCAUCGCAAUGAAGGCAGUGCGCCGUCUAACCAAAAAUGAUCCGCCUUGUAAGGCGCUAUUCCAGGAGGGUCGCGCCCUGUCUGCCUUGGGAGAGUAUGACCAGGCUCGCACCUCCUUAUUGAAGGCACAAAAAAAGCAGCCCUCCAACCAAGAGAUCAACAAUGAAAUACUCAGCUUGAAUGCUAGAAUUGCCAAGUAUAAAGAUGCUACUCGCGAUUUGUGGAGUCGCGCUUUGUCAAUCAAAAAGAAGAAACCCCAGGAGACUGACAUCGAUCCUAUCAAGGAUGAUAAGGAUAAGGCGUUUGCAGAUGAGAUGGACCAAUUGAUUGAGCAAUUUAAGAGCUCGGCCAGUAUGUCUGUCAAUUUGUCACGAAAAAUGUAUUCUGACAAGGAGUUUGAAAUAUUUUGUCACUUGUUGAAGGAUCGGGAUAUGAAGCUGACUUUGUCACCUGUUUACGAGGAUCUCUUGACACUUUCCAAACUAAACAUCGAAGAUUAAAAAGACAUAUAUAUAUUAUAUGUCUAUAUAUAUAUAUAUAUAUAUAAAAGACAUAUAAUAUAUACAUAUAUUAAAUUCAUAAAGCCAUAUCUUUAUAUAGCCAUCAUAUCAUUAAGCCAUACAUAUAUAUUCAUGAAUCUCAAGCCAUUGGUAUUGAACUGAUCCAAAUAUUGCUUAUAAGAUUUCGCUUUAAGUUUUCACGCUUUAAAAGAAAAUCAAAACUUUUUCUAUAUACUUUACCAUAUAUUACUAAAAGAGUUUUAGUAACUUUAGUUCCUUGACAUUAUGUCCAUCAAUAUUAAGAUGCUAAAUAUGAAUUAGACAUUGUUUUUUUUUGUAUUAAACGAAUGUAACGACAUUUAAUAAAUGAAAAUUACUGAAA